AGACCCAGUCUCUGCUAGUGCACCCCCAUCGUUCAUCCGGAAAAGAAAUACGAAAUAAAAAACAAAAGAGGCGGAGGAGAGAGGAAUAGAAAGGAACAAAACGAGAAAAAGAGAGACGACGAAAAGACAAAAAUGCGAUCAGCAAAAGUUGGAGUAGCACGGCAGUUAGAAACAAAAAAGCCACAGACCGGGCGCAAAAUAUCAACGUCAUCACGUGGAACUAUUCACUCGCAACAGAGUCAACCGGAGGAUAUUCAAAUGAAGUACACAAGAAAAGAACUCAAAGAAUACCGUCAGCUGUUCAACAUGUUUGACACUGACGGUUCUGGAGCAAUUGGUAACGAAGAGUUAAAGCAGGCAAUGAUAAGCAUUGGACUUCAUGCAAACAAAGCUGAAAUUGACAACGUCAUCAAAGAGGUGGAUGCUGAUGGCAACGGAGAAAUUGAUUUUGAAGAAUUCUGCGCGUGUAUGAAAAAAUCCCAAAACAUCGUGAAGUCGACCAACGAAGAGCUUAUCAGAGAAUGUUUCGAGAUAUUCGAUCAAGAUAGGAAUGGGAUCAUCACAGAAAAUGAGUUUAAGUAUAUUGCAAAAGAAUUUGGUGACUUUGACGAUGAGCUUGCCGAAAAAGUUUUUCGCGAACUUGACGUUUCUGCCAACGGUCAUUUGUCUGCAGAUCAGUUCGCAACUAUCGUUGAAGACUACUUGCUAAACGACCCCAAACAUGACAUUGACACUGGUGAUUCUGAUGUGGAAAGAUACGACGACCGGCAUGACGACCGAGCGAGCCCCAUGCCAAAUCAUUUGUCUACUGUGCCCGAAUAGAUCUCUCUGGUUGUUUAAUUAUUUUUUGGCAGCUUUGUGAAUACAUGUGUUUUGUUGGAAGUUUGAUUGUAAUUCAAAA